GUAUGUGUUUUUUUACACGUCCACUUUCAGCAAAAUGAUCUGCAUUUACAUCCAGGAGGAGAGGAGGAGGAGAGGAGGAGGAGAAGAGGAAGAGGAGGAGGAGGAGGAGGAGGAGAAGAGGAGGAGGAGGAGGAGAGAAGGAGAAGAGGAGGAGAGGAGAGGAAAGGAGGAGAAGAGGAGGAAGAAGUAUCAAAGAAAUGUGGGUGAAAGCGUUAGCGGCGGUAUAUCGGUGGCGUGCGCUCAGGUUCGCGCUCUCAUUCAUUUCCAGCAUGUCGUCUGUGAUGUAUGGGCCAAUUGGGUGAACAUGGCGUCUCGGGCAGGACGACCUUGCGGGACGUCACUCAGGGUCGAGCGUUCCCACAAGGCCCAACACCAAUUAAGAGCAGUACAUCAGCCUGACAGAGCACAAGGUGAUUAAUCCCUCUGCAUUGCGAGUCAGCAUUGUGCUGCUGAGGACAAAGCCUGAUUGUGUGACCAAAAAAAAAGAAAAGAAAACAACCCGUACGUUCGGUGACACGGAGUCGUAAAAAGUAGCGAGAUUUACUUUUUGGAAGUCCUUGGCCGAAGUAAAGAGGUGCACUCUGUGCUUUUUCACCGGGUCGUGAGUUAUCGCCUAAAAAACUCACGUUUUUCUCCUGAUUGAAAAGGAAACGUUGCUGUACGGAGAAUGUAAUAAAU